AUUUAAUAACGCACACAAUCUCAUACUCUCACCAAAUAUAUAAAAACUAUACAACUAAAUCAUCAUUCGUUUCACCACGGCACCGAGUAUACCCAUUUCAAAAUAUUUGAAUGUAUUAACAAUGCAUACUAUUGAUGACCUUGAUAAUCACUUCAGAAUUCAAUAAUGUCACCACUACUUUAUUGGUUAGGUGUUGUUAUAAACAAUUAUUCUUAUAUGAAUAUUGGAUACUGGAUUUGUUUUAAAUACAUGUUAGUGAAUGCAUUCAGCUAAAUUAACAGUGAAAUAUUUAAUGAUGAUAACAAUGAAUUAUUCAUAUUGAAAAUUGAACAAUAAAUACAUCUUCGAUAUGCUAGUAGAAAUUGUAUUCGUUUUAUUUUUAUUUGAUAAAUCCAUUUCAAAAACAUCAACAAAUGUGCUAAUCUAUGAAAUAAAACAAAAUGAACAUGAUCAUAAAUAUGAUUUACCAAUAAAUACGAUAGAAGUAAGAUUUUCCUGUUCAUUUGGUACUAAAUGGUUUAUUCCUUCAACAGUCCCAUUUAAAGUUAAACCUAUGGUUGAAGUAAAUCAUGCGAAAAAUCAAAGUACACUUUUGAUUCGUUUACCAGUGGAUGAUAAUAAUUUACGUGCUAAUUUUCGUGGAUUAUAUCAAUGUUGUCAAUCUUCAAAUGAUCAUGAUAUAGGAAUAAUAAACUGGUUUCCCGAUGAACCAUCUUGUUGUCCAUGUUGUCCAUGGUAUGAACAAAAUCAAUGUUUAUUUAAACAUCAUGAACUAAUAAACAGUUCAAAUGUGUUGGUAAAGUUAAAAAAUACCUCAUCACAUUGUGGUAGCGUUUUCCUGUACACAAAUUCAAUCAAUAUGGAUAGCGUGCGUUUGGAUGUUAUCCGUGAUCAACCUAUGCUUAUACCAUGCCCUGGAUUAAAUAGUACAUUUAAAGAAGAUGCUUCAAUAUUUCACAUUGAUUAUCAAUUAACACCUCAUCAAUCAAGUCGUCAAAUAUGGUAUCCUUUCAAACCAUCCGAAAGAAAUCGAUUACAUUCCAUUGUAUAUUAUUAUGAUAAUCGUUUUGGUGUAUGCCUUUUAAAAUCACAAUUUCCACGUAUAAUGUUAUUUAUGUUAUGCAAUUAUCAACAAAUUCAUCAACAACGUAUCAUUCAACCAAUAUGGCCGAUGCCAUCACCAGUGAUUGCGCCAACAAUGCAUUUAUAUUUACAAUCUGUCAACAAAUCAGAACAUACUACUUAUAAAUUAUUCAAUACAAAAAAUCAUUCUCAAUCUUUUCUACAAAAUAUUAAUUGGUUUGUUAAAUAUUCUAAUGAAAUUUUAACAUUUCGUGUAAAGCAAGAAACUACACUGCUAAGUUUAACAUGUAUCGGUAGUUAUACACAAAAAUAUAUUGUUCAUAAACCAAUUGGGAAAUUGUGUUUUAGGUGGAAAACUUUAAAUCAAAAUGACGAACAACUUUCCAAUAUAUCUAAAUUACAAGAACAUUAUCAACUUGAUGAUCAAAGUAUAUGGGAAAGAACAGAAUGUUUGACAACGCAUCAAACAUUUCAUAGGUUAUCAAUUCUUUAUGCUUUUUCAAAAUAUGAUCUGAAACUACCGGGAAAUUCAAAUGAAACUCAUCAACCGGCAAAUAACACAUUUAUACUAUGUGAAGUAACAACACCGGAUAGAAUAGCACCACGAAGUCGAAGAAUAAUUCAAAUAGUGAAAACCGCGAAUCAUCUAUCUAAUAAAUUCCAUAUAAACUUUCAGUGUAAAUGUCAAAUCUUAAAUGAUAACAGAUCCUUAUCUAACGAAAAUUCUACUUUAAGUCUUCUUAUUAAAAACAAUACACUAGACUUGAAUAUAUCAUUUUGGACGGAACAUGAAACUGAUGCUCAACCAUUCUGUACUCCUAUUAAACAUGAUCUAGAUAGUUCUGAUCAGAUGAUGAAGGAAAUUCAACUCAAUCUAAUUCGUACUAAAGAUAAUUGGAAAUGUAUUUUAAGAGUGAAACUUAAUUCAUCCAGUCAAACAAUCAAUUUAUCUAUUGGAUAUGGACAGAUGAAAAGAACACUUCAAUUAUUUAUUGUCAAAUCUAUCUUGGAAUUGUCUAGAACUGUUGAAAAUCUUCAAAGUCAAAUUACACAACAAUACAGUAUUCAUUGUGUCCCGAAUGACAUUGAAAGAAAUAUAGCUCGUAGACUUGGUUAUAAUUAUCCAAAUAAUGUAACUUGGUUUAUUUCAGUAGAUAAUCAUACACGAAAUUAUACAACAUACAAUAAAACACUUGAACAUAUAUUCAAAUUAAUACCAUUUUAUGAUAGAUCGGAUUAUCCAGAAAUUGUAUUGAAUAAAACAGAAAAAUUAUGGGAAGAAAUUAAUAAAAUAACUCAUCUACGCAAUUUGUAUUUAAAUUAUUGGCCUGAGAAAUUAUGUGUCAAGUGUACAAGUGUUUAUGAAGUAGGAAUGUUUGUUCAUGGUCAAGAAAUAUGUGCUAGGUUUAAUGAUUUCAAUGUUGUUGAUCUAUUCAACAACACUGGCAAUGAUUAUCGCAUUCAAGGCAUCAAAAAGAAAAGACAAUUGUAUUUUGUCAUUGAAAUCAAUAAUUCGUCACAAUUUUAUGAAGUCAAUUCACAAAUUACUAACAAUCGACAAAUUUCUUUAGUUCAAGGUACAUCAAUUAAAUUAGAAUGUAUACGUAAAUUACAAACAAAGCCGAAACAACUUCAACCAAAUGAAUGGCCUGAAUUAAGUAUGAUGAAUACACUAAAUCAUACUGAUGAUCACAAUACUCCUCAUAAUACAUUUUGGAUAUUAUCACCUUAUUCAUUAAAAAUUAGAAAAUUAAUUCAUUUUAACAAUCAACUUAUUCAAUUCAAAUGUUCCUAUGAAAAUGAACAAUUUUCACUAGGAAUUCAUUCAUUUAAACAAACUAGACCGGAGAUUUUGAAACCAAUUGAAAAUGUACAAUUAAUUCGAUUAAAUUCACAACAACACAAUAUACUACUAUUAAAUCAUAGUAAUCCUAUUGAUAAUUUAACUAAAACGCAUAUUGAAUUAAUAUGUCAAGCAACUGGUUCACCAAAACCAACUAUACAAUGGAUGAAAGCUGUUUAUAAUCAAAAUGAAUCAUUUACUAAAUGGGAAAUUAUACAUACAUGUUUACAAGAUGAAAAUAAACUACAAUUUUUCAAUACUACUAAUUUCAAUACGAAUCAUCAACAAAUUCAAACAUGUACAUAUAAUCUAUCAACAUUAUUGCUUAUUUCAAAAUAUACUUUAAAUCAAUCACAUUAUCAAUGUUUAGCUAAAAAUACUGUAGGUUAUACAUUUAAACAAAUUAAGCUACUUUAUUUAGAUACUACUUAUAUCAAUUUAAAUGAAACGAUUAAUUUACAAUUACUAAUGAAAAAUACCAUUUCAUGGCUAUGUUUAAUUCUAUUACCAAUUAUUUUCAUUUUGAUUAUAUUUGGUAUUAUUCUAUGGUUCUAUUAUAGAAUAAGAUAUAAAAAUCAAUAUUCCUCAGAUAUAUCACUUCCAAAUGUUCUAUAUAAAACUAUAUAUAAUCAUUUUCAUGCCUAUCAAUAUAAAUCGUCAUCAUCAUCUUUACUAUCUGCAUAUAGUAAAGAUUAUAAAUCUGCUGAACAAGUAUUAAGUGAAUUGUUAGGUUUUACUACUAUUAAUAAUACUACUAUGAACAAGGGGAAUGAUAUCACAACAGUGACCACUACAACAACAUCAGCAACUACUACAAAUACUACUAAUACUAAUACUAAUAGUACUACUACUACUACAAAUAAUUCUAUCAAUCAAAUCAAUAGAUGGAUGAUACCACGUAAAUUUAUCAAACGUUCCAAUUAUUCACUUGGUUCUGGACAUUAUGGUUCAGUGUAUAAAGCAUGGUUACAUUGUUCAUUUAUGAAGGAGACCGAUCCAGUAACUAAUCGAUUUAAUGACAUAUUAUUAAAAGAAGAUACAGAUAAUUAUAUUGUAGCAAUGAAAGCAUCGUCAUCAUCAUCAUCAUCAAUGAUUGAACGAAGCCCUAUUCACAAUCAUACUAAUACUAAUAACAGUCAUAUUACUGAUAAUAAUCAUCUAGUUUGUUUAAAAAAUGAAAUACGUAUAUUAUCAAAUUUAACAAAUUGUGAUAAUAUCAUUCGAAUGAUUGGUAUCAUGAUUGAAAGUAAACCAAAACGAAACAAACACCAACUGGAUGGUAUCAAUUUAAUUCUUGAAUAUUGUCAAUAUAAAAGUUUAGCACAUUUUAUACGAUGUCAUUCACAUCAACUAAUCGAUAGUUUAAUGAAUUAUGAAGAAGUUCAGGCAAGUAAAUUUCCUAUAAUGAAUAGUAGACAUGAUGAAAUGAAAUCGGACGAGUAUCGAUUGACUGUCAAAGAAUUGUAUCGUUUUGCUUAUGGGAUUAUAUGCGGUAUUGUGUAUUUAAUGAAAAAUUAUGUAAUACAUAGAGAUUUAGCUACAAGAAAUAUUUUAAUCAAUCAUAAUUAUAUACCGAAAAUUAGUGAUUUUGGUUUAGCUGUCCAAUUGACCCCAAUGAAUGGAAUGACAAAUGAUGCAAUCUAUAAUAUUGAUAGUGAAUUGAAUGAAAAUCAACUAGUUGAUGAAUAUUAUCGUGUAUUGACACCUAGAAAAAAGUUACCAUUACGUAUUCUACCACCGGAAGCAUUGUUACAGCAUACAUUUUAUUUUAAUUCAGAUAUAUGGCAAUAUGGUCUAUUGUUAUGGGAAUUAUUUCAUUUAGAAAAACGUGAACCAUUUCAAGAAAUUAAAACAUUUCAACAAUUAGUUAAUUUAUUAGCAGAACAUAAUUUAAAUAAUAAUAAUAAUAAUAAUAAUAAUAAUAAUAGUACCAAUUGUAAUGCGAAGAUUUCCCGGCAUAUGUUAAAAAUUAAAACAACUUAUCAACAAUCAAUACCACCAUCUACAUUAGAUAGACCUUUACUGGUGAGCGAUGAAUUAUGGGAGAUAAUGUGUCAAAUGUGGUCUUAUAAUCCACAUCAACGUCCUACUGCAGUACAAAUUCAUGAUAAAUUAAAAUGUUUACUUGAAGACACUGGAAAAGUAUCCGAUUGCAUAGAUUUUCAGUAUAAAUGUCAUGGACAUGAACAUCAUCUUCAUCAUCAUCAUCAUCAUCAUCAUGUUCAACAUCAACAUCAUCAUAGAUGUACAUAUAGGAAUUGUAAAUUUUUAUCAGAGACAUCUUCUACUGAAGAAGUUUCAAAUCACAUGGUACACAGUUAUGAAAAUACAAUCCAAUCUAUUUGAAUUCUUUGUCAUUAAUAAACAAACAUACCUCAUUGAGAGCUUUCAUUAUUAUUUAUUGUAUAUAAACUAUUAACAUUAUUAAUCUUGUUACUAUUACUAUUACUUUAAACGAUUGUCAUUUUAUUUUAACUUAUCAAAAACGGAAUUGAUUGGAUUGCCUUUACUUGCUUGUCACACUUGAUAUCAGGUAUGAGUUGAUGAACUAGCUAAAACAAGAGGGAAGUGCAUGGAUACUUUUUUUACAAUCUUGAUAGUUUUCAGUACUGAUCACCAAUGAUUCCAAAAAGGGUGGUAAAACAAACAACUCUCAAAACCACAAAACAGUAUUGUUGGCAUUAUAACGGUUCAGAUUUAUCAUAUAAUGUGAUCAUUAACUAUCAUCACUUGCUAUUUAUGCUCUUUGAAUGUUAUAUUUUCUAACUGAAACUUCAGAAACAAUUGUCAACGGUUUACAAGUUUUCAGAGUUUAUUGAAGCACAUCAACAUGAUGUUAUUAUAAAGGUAGAUGAAUAUUAUUGUUUGUUGAAAGACAGACUAAGAUAUUUCAAUACAUCUAUCUCGUUCAGAGUAAAUUGCACUUUGAAAAUCUACAUCCUGAGCAAAAAAUAUUCUCCAUUCACGCUUCGCUCUUUUUUUAUUUAACACCAAACACCAAAUGUAUAAUUCAGUCAUAUUCAACAUAAAGCUUGUCACCUAAUGCAAGAAUACGAAAGUCAAGUUAUUUGACUUUCUGGUCAACGAAAUUCUAUAGUCUCUGUGAAUUUCUGUAUGAUACUCACCUUUAUAUUGAUGUGUGUCUGAUGUACAUGAUUUGAUUGUUCAAAAAAGUCAUAUACUCUUGUGAUGAAUUUUAUAUCAAAUUGUGGACUGAACAGUGUUAAUUGUUCAUGUACACAUGAUGAUUUUUAUGGAUUCACUCUUCACCUUUAAUGAAGUAUAACUAAUUGUAAACUUGUUUACUACCUACAUAUUCUGAACUAACAAAUAUGUAUUGAAUGAUG